AUGCCUCCCGCCGGCUCUACUACCAACGGUCGCUCCAAUCGCGCCAGCACCUCCAAGGUCACCCCUAACUCCUUAGUGGUGACUUUGAAACUCUCCCCAGAGGCGUUACAGCAGGCUCUAGGGGUCGUCUCUGGCCACACCCCGAAAGCCAUCCUCGACAAGGACGCCGAACACUCCUCGCCGACCUCCACCGCUGAAGCCGCUGCUGUCCGUCCCUCCUCUGCGGACAAUGGAUCCGAUGCCGACGCAGCUUCAACGCCUGCCGCUGGAGCAACCCCAGGGGAUACUCCGCGCCGAAAGGGAGUGCCGGGUCCCAAGCCGGGCAACAAGCGGACAAAUGGACAGACCGACGCCGCCUCGCGUGCACGAGGCAGACCUGGACCGAAGAAGAAACCCCGCCUUGAGGAAGGCGGCGCCGAAGCUACGAAGCCAGCAGCUAACCACCGUAUCGGGCCGAAGGCCAACACUGGUGCUAUCAACGCUGGUCUGCGUGCCCUUGACCGGUCCGGUACUCCAUGCCGCAAAUGGGACCGACAGCCUUUGAAAUUGCGCAGCUUCACCGGAGUGGCCUGGCAGUUGCCUGCAUGGCACACCUUCAAGUCCACUCACGUGGAUUCCCAGUCGAACAAAGAUGCUAUUCUCGAGAGCGGCGAUAGUGACACCAAAACCACCUUGGCCGUCCCAGGCCCUGAUACUCUCAAUGGUAGCAGUGCUGUUCCCAGUGAGAAGAGCACUGGUGAUGGCGAUGUCACCCCUGCCCCGUCCAAUCUGGUCGAGCCCUCGUCGCCGGCGAUUGCCAUGGCUGCAUGA